AUGAUGAAGCUUAAUGUAUUAUUCCGACCACAAAUAUUUUAUAAGUACAAUUUGGUGUUCAAUAAAACAAUGUUUAUCCGGUCAACAGACAAGCCAAAUGCAGAAUCAAUUACAAGGCCUAACAUGUCACAACCAUAUACUAAGUUUUUUGUCUUAGAUUUUGAAGCUACUUGUGACAAUGGGGCUCAUUUACUAAAACCUCAGGAAAUAAUUGAAUUCCCGUGUAUACUAGUUGAACUUAAUACGGCCAAAGGCGGUUUUGAAGUAGUAUCAAUUUUUCAUUCAUAUGUCAAACCUAUAAUUCAUACAGUGCUGACAGAAUAUUGUACACAGUUGACUGGUAUUACACAAGAUAUGGUUAGUAAUAGCCCACCAUUUGAUGAUGUUUUCUUCAAUUUUUGUAAUUGGCAUAAGGAUCACACUAAUAUGGGAAAAGAAAAAUCCAUCAUCGUAACUUCAGGAAACUGGGACAUAGGCAACAUGUUCAUUGAACAAUGUAAAUUGUUUCCAUCAACAAUAAAAAUUCCAGAGUUUAUGUGUACUUGGAUAAAUAUUAAAAAGUUAUUUGCUCUGACAAUGGGACAAUAUCCGUUAGGUAUAAAAAGUAUGCUUAAGACAACAAAUUCAAAACAAUUUGGAAAUAUUCACAAUGGAAUUGACGAUUGUGUUAACAUUAUUACCAUUAUGAAUCAAUUAUCACAGAGAGGCUGUGUAUUUCAAGCUACUAAUAAAAUAAUCAGUGUAUAA